GUGGAUUUUCUGAAUAAAUUCUAUCAAUAAAUCCUGAAUAUUUAAAAUAUGCGUAAAAGUUUGGCAUUCUUAUUGGCUGCAUUAUUUGUGCAAAAUGUGGUCUCGGAAGGUGAAAUUGAAAUCAAACGAGGGACAUAUCCCUAUAUGGCGUUCAUAUACUAUCCGGAUGACUCCGUAGUAGACAAGAAUGGAGAUCGAAUUACUCGUGCCGGUAUCUUGGUAAAACCAGAUUGGUUAAUUACAUCGUCGUUAGAGACCGAUGUUCCUCUAUCCUUUCCAAAGAAAACUCUUGUUGCUAGACUUGGAAGUGUGGCUAUUGAUAAACAUUUCACUAUUAACGAAGACGAGGAUGAACAGGAGAGCGAAGUAAUACAGAUCAUCCGACCCUACAACUUUAGUGCCAUUGAAUGGUGGUAUAGUGAUAUUUCCCUGUUAAAGACCCUAGUACCAUUUAAUAUUACUACGUCAGUUGCAAUCACGUCAAUUUCACCGAAGCGAACAUUUACUGAGAAAGAAUGUGUUAUACUUGUAUAUGCGAGAAAGAAUACAAAUAUAACGGAAGAUAGGUUCCUUAUCCAAAUUCCUGUUGACAUCGUUCCGCCGACAUUAGAACAUUGUGGAAGUCACUUCAGACAGAAUACGAUGAUUUGUGCUAUGGACAUUGAUGAUAAGAAAAAUACGUCCUAUUCAAGCAAUUUCUGUCGCGGUAAUAGUGGGGGACCACUUUUAUGUGACAGUGAUGUAUAUGGGUUGCAAACGUACAGUGAUGGUUGUCAAGAACCACAUCUUUAUCAACUAUUCUCUGGUUGGACUGAUUUUAUAUCAUGUGGCAUACAAGACAUUUGCGGAGAGAAACAAUGCGCUAAAGUGUGCACAGUCAUAAACAAGGAUACUGAUAAAUAUGCGCAAAACAUUGUAUCUACUACUUCUGAAAAAGCUAAGUCAGAAUCUACUACAGUUGUAGUGACUAGACCGUUCGAAGCCGAAGAUAUUAUUUUGACAGAAGAAAGUAGUCCUGCCAGGCCCACUGCGACUACUACAAAGGAUGACGAGAUAACUACUUCAACGCAUUCUAGUACUAAGGAUUUACCCGUUGAAAGCUCAACUACGUCAUCUACAUCUGCACCUGAUAAGAGUAAUGAUGAUGAAGACGCGAGACGGUCUAAUGUGGAAGCUCAGCAAGAACCAGUGAAGAAAGUUAAAAGUUCUUCCACAAUUAUCAUACCAUUUCCAGUCUUUCAUACUUUGCCGUUUAUCUGGACGAUAAUGUCGUUUAUUUAAGUUUUCAAUAUCUAUCAAAUAUAAUUUUAUGUUCAGGAAGUAAUGUUUAACUUUUUGUUUGUGAAAGCACAUG